GCAUAAAGCCAAACUCCUCUCUCAGUGCAUAGUCUCUCUCACUUCUACUGCAGAGUGAAGACUGAGUAGAAACCCCAAACUAACAAACCAAAAUUCUCUAAUCUCAUCUCAUUUCAUGUAGACACAAAACAACAUCAUCAUUUUAUUCCUCUCUUCUAUUUCAUCGUCAUGGCCAAUCACCCUUCCGAACCUCCCACCGAUGACUUCCUCGAGCAAAUCCUCGGCCUCCCCACCUUCGCCUCCGCCGACCCCGCCGACGCUUCUCCGAUGAUGCUUCAGCUCAACUCCGGCGACGCCGCCUUCCACGCGCCGCCAUACCAGCUGGGCCUCAGCUUGGACCAAGGUAAGGGAGGCUUCCUCUCGCCCGAAGAUGCUUCUGGAAGCGGCAACCGCUUCCGCGACGACGUCGUUGAUACCAGGCCUAAGAACGUUUUUCAUGGGCAACCCAUGCCAACUACUGUUCCGACUGCCCCACAUCCACCAGCAGUGCGACCUAGAGUGCGCGCUAGAAGAGGACAGGCUACAGAUCCACACAGUAUAGCUGAAAGGUUGCGCAGAGAGAGAAUAGCUGAAAGAAUCAGGGCUUUGCAAGAACUGGUUCCUAGUGUCAACAAGACAGAUAGAGCUGCAAUGCUGGACGAAAUUGUGGAUUAUGUCAAGUUCUUAAGGCUUCAAGUAAAGGUUUUGAGCAUGAGUAGAUUGGGUGGAGCUGGUGCUGUGGCACCACUAGUAACUGAUAUCCCAUUAUCAUCAGUCGAGGAAGAAGGCAGUGAAGGAAGAAACCAGCCUGCUUGGGAGAAGUGGUCAAAUGAUGGCACAGAAAGACAGGUAGCUAAGCUUAUGGAAGAAAAUGUUGGGGCUGCCAUGCAGUUUCUUCAAUCAAAAGCACUCUGCAUCAUGCCUAUCUCACUGGCAUCAGCAAUAUACCCGUCACAACCAUCUGACCCUUCUAGUGUAGUUAAACCUGAAACUAAUCCUCCUUCAUAGACAGACCUCAGGCACAGGUGCACCAUCCAGUGGUUCCAUCAAGGACUCACCUAAUACUGCUAGGACCCACACGUUAUUUGUCUGUUCCAAACACCCUUAGUCUUAGUCAUUGGUCAGUAUCAAUUUGCAUUCAAAGUAGGAUGCCAUAGUCUUUUCCUUUUUGCCGUUCUUUCAACUUUUGUCUAGACAGGGUUUGAUGUCAGUGGCCUUCAACAUAUAAGCAAAGCCCAUCUUGGUAAAUUUCAUGUAAAGGGAAAGAAAUUGUCGAAGUUCACUUGAUAUGCUCUUCCCUUUUGUAUCAAUUGGUGGGGGUUAGUGGAACGUGAUGGAAGCGCUUUUAUAGUGGGGCUUAGUUUUUGUAGUGGGCAGUGGGACCUUCUAAAAGGUUAGGGUGGUGUGUAUAUUUUUAUUAGUGAUGUAACUCUUAGAGAAUUUGAAAUGCAGAGGUGAAAUGGAUAAUGGUUGCUUUAAUUAAGAAUGCUGGGUGUUGCUAGUCCAGUGGAAAAUGAUGGUGCUUUUUGUUUCUUUGGCGUGUGCUUGAAUUAUUUGUUUAAAGGUAAUUGGACUCCAUUUUCCGAAUGGGGAGAGAAAUGAAAAGUUUGGUGCCAUCUUAAUCCAA